ACCACCGGCAGCAUGGCUUUGGAGCAGCCCCGGGGGGCCUUGGGAAAGGUCACUGUUGUUGUUGCAACCAAGCUCAAGUCCUUCUCCAUACUACCUGUACUGAAGAAAAUACCCACAGAGAGCAGAGCUCUAUCAGCAUGGGAAAAGAAGUCAAGUAGACUGAAUCAGGCUUUAGGAGACCCAGAGGCAUCUGAGGGGAAAAUGACAAAAGAAGGUGUUUAUAAGGCUGAGAUUGUGCAUGUUAAGGAGUCUGCUGAUAUGGUGCCCCAGGAGAGGAGCAAGCACUCAGAAACUAAGGAGAAAUCUACUGAUAAGCCUGCUCUUACCCCCUCUUCUUCACCAGUUGUGUUGCCGGCUGAGUUAGGUUGCGCAAGUCAAAAGCUCAGCCUUGUCACUAUGGACACAGCUUAUAACAAACACUCCGGCAUCUCUCAGCUAGACCGUCACAUUUUUCAGGGUGCUGAGGUCAGCUCAGAGAUGUUUUUAAACAGCAAAUCUCAUAACGAGGAGGAGGUCCUCAGCCCUGCCAGCUCUGUGGACGUUUUAACUACUGCGUCUUCUAGGGAAUCUGCUCUGUCUGAAGGUUGGGAUAAGGAAAGGAGCUGGUCAGCUCUCCCAAUGUUUUCUCCUUGUACUUCUCCUGUUACAUUUAGUCACACUGUCUCACCCUGCUCCUCUGUGAGGUCAGGAGCUUUCACCCCUUCAGUCAUGAGGAUCAAGAGUCAUUCUCUGGCCCCAGGGUCAAGCCUAGUACAGAUGCCUCCAACUUCCUGCCAGACACUCGGCUGCAGCAGCCGAGCUGCUUCACCCUGUCCCCUGUCGGGUCGUGGCAGACACAGACUCCCACCGACCCAUCUGUCCCUACUAACAGCAAUUCUGAGGAAGGGUCGUCUACCAAUCCUGUCCCCUGCUUUACAAAGACCCUACUCUCCUUGUUGGCCUGUUAGCCCAAUCAACAUGUCCUCUUGCUCAGGUUGUUCAGCGGCCUCUGCCCUAGCCCCCAUGGUGAGAUUACAAGGGGAUUCAAGUAUAUAUCCCAGUCAUAACACGAAGCCUCUAAAGUUAUUAUCUGAAAAACUGAAAAUGUCACCAGAGAAAAAGAAAGGCAUCUCCGCAACACCUCCGGUGGAAUCAUCAGAUGCAUUUGACUCUUUCAGUUUUGCAGUCAGAAGUAGGACUAUAUCUUCACCAGAUGAUGGAAUCUGUUUGAACAUGCCAAGUGCCUCAACUUCUGAACCUCCCCUUGCUCAUUUCUCCACACAAACCUAUAAAGACAGUUAUGUACCCAAAGUGCCCAGCUUCUCUCUCUUUAAAUCUUCCUCCAUACCUACCUCCUUUCCUCCUAAAUCAACUCAUUCCCUUCUCUGCACCUCUGAGAGUAAAACACCUCCGGGGAACUUAUCUGAACAUUCAGCAAAACCAUACUCAGAAUAUUCAAAAGAACUGUAUUGCACUUUAGAUUCCUCAGGCCAGGAAUAUAGACAAAAAUCAGGUAAUGCCUUUUCGAUUCUGGAGGCAGAAGAACCUUGUAGAACACCAUCCCCUUUAAAACUUGUACAAAAGCCAUAUUACCUGUCAUCUACCGCUGAUCCCAAAUCUGCUCAUCAGCCUCAGGCUUCAGCAAUCAUACAGCAUGCAGAUGAAAAACCAAGUUCCAACCUGCAAUAUGCCCUAAAAAUCACUUCUGAACAAGAACGAGUUCUUUCAACAUCCCCAGGUUUCAGACAUUCACCUUUCCCUCGAGUCGCUGGCCCUAUACACCUAGCCUACACACCUCCUAUUUCACCAACCUGGACCUCACCAAGGCCAGGCUCCUGCUCCUCCACAACUGACCGUUACACAUUGCCUGCGUCUUCGGCAACCCCUGACCGUUUCCUUUCGCCUUCACCUACUUACUCGUUUUGUUCCUCACCUGCUUCUUCACCACGGGAUGACACUCCAGACAGCACAGACAAAAGCAGAAAGCCACACAAGAUCAAAUCCAGCUAUAAGGCAUUUGCUGCCAUUCCCACCAAUAAACUUCUUCUGGAACAGCAGGUAAUUGAUGAUACGGUUGAAAAGAAUGAGGCUCUUCUAGACCCUAGUGACAACUUUGCAUGGGAGGACCCUCAUUUACAGAUGAGCAGCCCUGCCGAGCUUCGGCAGCAGUCUGCAGAGCUGUAUGAAGUCAUAGAUGAAGUAUUACAAGACGUGAAGCAAACAUUCAAAACAAGCCAUGCUAAAAAGCCCACAGUGAAAUCUUCUGCAUCUGAAACACUAAAGAAAACAAUCCCAGUAUUAUCACCAAGCACUUUGGGACGAGAGACAAAAUAUGCUCAUCCUCAAACUCCUACACCCACUGAGAGAACACAGACAAGGCCUGGGGUAAUAAGACGAGUCGAGGUGAAGUUAUCACCAGAUGAUGGCAAAGCAAGACAACUUUUUACAGUUCAAUCUGAAAGACACCAAGAUCAUUUCUAAAAGCAUCACCUGUACAAGCUUGCUAGCAGUAUGUUGACAACUGAGGUGGAGGUGGAUGGAAGAGGAUCUUCACGAGGGAGGAGAUUGCUGUCCGAUAAACCAGGAAAGUGCAUAUCAAACUCGACACUAUGGGGCAAUAGCACUCCAAAACUGAGAGACACAUGUCAGAUUGUUACCACUCACAAGUAAAACAGAAACUCAAAAGCAUCACAUUAAGUGUUCACACAAAGUGACAUGAAAAGUAGGAGAAAGAAUGACUUGGAAAGUUUUAUAACAAAGUGACAUUUAGAAAGCUCCAACAAUAAUGGUCGAUGGUCUUAAAGAAGUAUGUACUUUCUUUUUCUAGUUUUUAUGCU